GAGCAGCCGGAGAGGAGAACAACGGAGCUGCUAGUUUGUCCCAAACAACACGAGUGGAUACCUUUAAAUUAGUAGAAAAGGAGCUGAAGAUAGUUUUUUAUUCCUUUUGGAGAUUUUUUUUAGAAAGUUGGGGACAUAUGCAGCGGUGGUAUCCACUCCUAGCGGCAGCUGGUGGCGGUGCUUGUUAGCAUGAGCUAGCCGGUUAGCUGGACCUGACUGACGGGGGAAGCCGUGUGGAAAGCUGCGGGUAACAUCAGGCGACCCACAACACGGGCAGACAAAAGAAAAGGGCUUUUAAAAGGGUCGUAGGGCGUAGAAAUUAUAUGUAGUGUUACCGUAAGGUGCCUCGGUGGUGUACUAAGCCAGUUGGCAGUGAGUUUGAGGCGAGUCGCUAACUUAAAUCCAGAUAUCUGGGUGGUCUCGGGGUGACAUCUGUAAACAGUGGCGCUGAGCAGCUUUAGCAAAACGUAGCUAGAAACAAAACAACAAAACAACACAAUGAGCACCGAAGAGACCGCAGCGCCCACAAAAGCCGAGCCGGAGGAUGAUGGCAUGACCUGGUGGUACAAAUGGCUCUGCAAAAUAGCUGGGGUUUUAGGAGGAAUAUCCUGUGCCAUCUCAGGAGUGUGGAACUGUGUCACUGUGAACCCUUUAAACAUCGCUGCUGGAGUAUGGAUGGUGUUGAACGCCUUCGUGCUCUUCCUCUGCGAAGUCCCGUUCUGUUGCCAGUUCAUAGAGUUCGCUAAUGCAAUAGCAGCCCGUGCAGACAAACUCAAACCCUGGCAGAAGGCCUUCUUCUACUGUGGGAUGGCUCUGUUUCCAGUGUUCUUGAGUUUCUCCUUUACAACCUUGUUUGGAAACGCCAUCGCCUUUGCCACAGGAGUUCUGUACGGCCUCGCAUCUUUAGGCAAAAAGGGAGAUGCAGUGACUUACGCCAGACUGCAGCAUCAGAAACAGGGGGACGAAGAGAGGAUGACGGGAACGACGAACGGGGCUCCGGAGUGAGGAAGCUGCCUUUCCACCCUCCUCUUCCUCGGUUUUCCUCAGUUCUUACACUUGAAUUCCUCUCCCCUGUCCUCCACCCGUCCUACCUCUUCCUCCACACUCCUGUCCCCGCUAUCAGUUGUGUUACUACAUAACAGUUUAUUUAUUGACUUUAAGUAUGUGUUGUCCUGAGCUAAUAGCAUCCAAACAGACUGAUAGUGGAUUCAGCCCAUUAUUUGGUACCUGGUGUGUAAAUGGGAUUUAUCAUUUGUGACUCGAUACUUUACAUCCUAAGUUUUGUUGUUUUGUUUUUAAUUCUUCUCAUGGGUUUGUGUCUCUUAUUGUUUGUUGCUACUGUCAGUUGCUGUGUUGGCAGGAACAUUUUUUGAAGUACAUCUUUAAAGCCCAAAAAGCCUUUUUCAGGAAUUCUGAGCAGAAAUUAAUGUGAUUGUAAAAUGUACAUAAUUGACUUCAGGGUAUUCACUCGGACUCUGAGGCUGUGAUUCAGAGUUGUGUGACGGAUUGAGCGCAUAAAGAGAGGUCAAACGCUGCUGUGCGAUCUGCAUGCGUCCUGCUUUUUGGCAGCAUAUCCCACUUCGUGUCACUUUAACAGCCACGCCACCAGAGUGUUUGGUGCAGCGUGGGAAAAAAACACAUCAGCAACAUUCAGAUAUUAAACACAAACUAUAAUUACAUUUAUACAAUAAUUACAAUAUUCUUGAAGAGCUGCGUGUCACAAAACAAGAUGUGAGGAUUAGGAAUUUCGAGGCCUCCAUGUCCAAGUCAGAAGAACCCUGACGGGACUUUCUAGAUCAUUUAUUUGAGGAAAAUGUUUUUUUUUUUUUAUUAUUAAAUAUCAACUAGUGCAAGAAUUAAAAACCAGAGCUACAGAAUGUCUGUACUCACGUUUGAUUGGGAGUCUUAAACGUUUGAACAUCAGAUUUGAUGAAAAACAGGUGGGCCAGUGUGUUUUUGUUAUUCAUUUUGCAUUAUUAAUUUAUCUUUUUUUUGUAUUUAUGUUGCUUAAUUUGUUGAAAGAAACUGCCUGACUUCUUAAAUUAUUCACUACACCACAGAAGUGUAAAUAACCUCAAGUGUUUCCUUACCUUUUCAUUGUAUUCAGGCCCCAAAAUGUUUUUCCUGCUUUGAUUUUUGAUGCUGAUGAGGGGUUUUUUUUGGCAUCAGGGUUUGAUUUAAAAAGAACUAUCGGUUGCUUUAUUAGUAGUCAAUUAUUAUGAGUCAACCAAACUCUCAUAAGGCAGCGGGCAGAGUGGUUUUUAGAGUUCCAAACCCACAGUGCACACACAACUCUGAGCUGCAGCCUGAGUGCAUCUGUAAACAUAUAGAGGCAGUCGGGAUAUUUUUACCAGAGGGGAAUGUAUUUGGUAUACCCAAAGAUGAAGACCUUUUAUCUUUAUUUUGGUUGUAUGCUUUUAUAAUGUUUUCAGUUGGUUCAGUCGCCUGCGCUGAACCUCGGGUAGCUUUCAGUGCGUGACUCAGCUCGACGGUUUCUCAAGCGAUUGGCGGCUGCAGAUUUUGCGGUACAAUUAUUUAAAAACGGAAUGUGCACUCAUUUGUAAAACCUUUUGUACCUGUUUUUUUUUUUCUUUUAGAACCUGUUACUGAUUAUCUCUUGAUUAUUCCAUGUUUAGUCUUAAUUAGUGCGCUCCACCACAACACAGCUACAACUUAAUGAGUGGAAGUGUCUCGAUUCAGGGACUAAUUGGUCUGUAUCCCACACAAUCACCAGAGCCAUGGCUUAGCUUUGUCACUCAAAUGACGUAGGCAGUGGAGAGCAAUGUACGAUUUGUGUUGUUUUUUUUUGUUGUUGUUGUUGCCUUGCCUCUGUUGUGUUAUCAGUAAUAAGGAUGCUUUUGGAAUAACUGUUUACACAUACCUCUUACUGCUCUUUGUGUAACUAGCAGGCCAGUGACUGAGUCCAUUAUUCACACAUUAGCACCAGCUCUCAGGUGUCAUACGUACCAAAUGCACAGCGUCUAGUUACCGAGUAGUUUUUUUGCAUAGAUCACAGGUAGAACUAGCAUUAACAUGAGCGUCCUCACUCGAGCCAACAGAAAAAGCGUUUGUGAUGCAUUUAAAACGUGCACAACCAGCAUUCACAAAUGUUGAAACACUACAUCCACACCAGUGAUAUGCUACAGUCUAACACUGCACACGCCUACACCACAGUCUGAACGCUUUCCUCAUCCACCAGUUCCUGUUUUUUAACUGGAGUCACGUCUCAUCAAGACUCAUGAAUUGACUGGUUUUACACCUGCAGCUGUUGAGUGUAUCAUCUGCUGUAAGGGAUAUGUGUACAAUGUGUGUUGUGAUGUGAAUCCUGUUCUAAAUUAGUGAAUUAAACAAACUUGCUACUACCACCAUA